CCUGCGGCGUGUCGUCGGGCGCCUGCUGGCCGGUUGAGUGCCUGCUCUCCGGGCCGCCCGCAGGGGAAUUCGGGCAUCAGCCCAGCUCCUGCUCGUGUUCCCCGUCCGGUCCGGGGUUUCCGGGCACCGCUUCGACGGCGGCUUCGCCGGACCUGCAGACCGGGUCGCAGCCCGAGCCCCAAGCGGACGGAGUCAUGAGGCACCUGCCGUAUUUCUGCCGCGGCCAGGUGGUGCGGGGCUUCGGCCGCGGCUCCAAGCAGCUGGGCAUCCCCACAGCUAAUUUUCCGGAACAAGUAGUUGAUAAUCUUCCAGCCGAUGUAUCCACUGGCAUUUAUUAUGGCUGGGCCAGUGUUGGAAGUGGAGACGUUCAUAAGAUGGUGGUGAGCAUAGGAUGGAACCCAUACUACAAGAAUACAAAAAAGUCUAUGGAAACUCAUAUCAUGCAUACCUUCAAAGAGGACUUUUAUGGGGAGAUCCUCAAUGUGGCCAUUGUUGGCUACCUCAGACCGGAAAAGAACUUUGAUUCUUUAGAGUCCCUUAUUUCAGCAAUUCAAGCUGAUAUUGAGGAAGCUAAGAAGCGACUAGAUUUACCAGAACAUUUGAAAUUCAAAGAAGACAAUUUCUUCCAGGUUCCUAAAGGCAAAAUAAUGAAUGGCCACUGAUAAAAAAUCACCUUAUUCUUAUUUAUUCAUUUACUGUUUUCUAAUAUUUUACUGCUUACAACUUCUCCGUCAUUAUAUUUUGAAAAUCAGACAUUUUCUUACAGCUGUGAAUUAGUUUAAACAGUACAGUGUCUUUACCAUGUUAUGUUUCAACCAUUCAAAUCAAACCCAUCAUGCUAUAGUACUAAAGUGAUUCAUUUUAAAGAUCAGGAUUCUUUUUGAUGUAAUAUGUUGAUUAAAAUGUACCACUAGAAAGGUCUUAAGUGUCUUAAAAUGGAAAUGAAAAUGUAUAUAAGUAUGGGUAAAAAGGCAAGUCAUGAGAUUUGAGAACUAGUAAUUCUCAUGGUGCCCACUAGUACAUAUAUACUUGUGUAGUGUGUGCUGCUCAGUAGGGCAGGCUUAGCAAAGUAAAUGUAUUCAACAGAGGUGUGAGAGUUGAUUAUAAACUGAAGGGGAAAAAUCCAGACUUUAUAUUUUUGAUAUUUUGUGCAUUAAUAUAUUGUUGCAAACAUGUAGACAUGUGAAUUUUUUUUUUUCUCUUGUGUGAAGUUUCAUUGUGGUUAGUCAUUUCCUUUAUGAGGUCAGAUCACUGCUCUGUGUUCAUUUUGUUUUACAGCUGCCUCAGUUCUAAUUGGUCUAGAUUCCCUCUCCUUAUCAUUUGUUUGUUUACCUCCUGAAGCGGUAAAAUGAGUGUUUUUCUAAUCUCUAGCUCUCAUUUUUGUGUUGUAUGACACUUCUCCGUUUUAAGAGCAGAUGUUCAAUAUUUUUCUUGACUUUGGUUCUUUUUCCUUGGAAAAUUAUCCAUGUCUUUUUUUUUCCUAUCCCAUUUAGAAUGCCCUACAACUAACUGUUCAUUUAGACAAAAGAUUGCAUCUAUAUCUACCAUUCCAUCCCUUCACUAUAUAAAGUGAUUAAGUGCAUACCUGUAUUGCAUUUUGGGAAAAAUAUCACCAAAACUUCAUUAGGUUUCCUCAAGUUUAACUGAGCACACAGCCGUUCAUUUGUAUAUACCAGUUUCUUAAAGAAUACAAAACAUUUGUUUUUCCCCCUGGGGAAACCAUUUAAGAGCCAAUUAAAUUAUGAAAGUUAUUUAUUUUUAAUGUAAUUACAUAUUCCUGAGCAAAUGUAAACUGUUGGAUCUGUGUACGCACAAUGCAAUUCAAUCCUAAACAGUGCUUGUAGCUUGGGGGAAAGGCAUAAAUAAUUAAGUUUUAGUUACAUAAUCCUAUACUGUGCAUUUUUUCUUCCUCCUAACAAAUAAUUUUCGGCUACUUGAGACUCUGAUUUGGCAGAAAGUUGAAACUGGGUAUUUAGGAGAUUAAGAUUACAGAUUGUUUUGGCCUCUGAAACAGUACAUGGCAUUAUUGUUCACUUAAGCACCAGAUUUGGAGUGGGGAAGGAGAGCAGAAGUAUGAAGAAGGUAAUUUUAAAAGUAACUUGUUAUAAAUCAUUUUCCCUGAUCUGCAUAGAGAACAGAUUUUAAGAAAAAUGUAAGUAUUUGGAAAAACACCUAAAACAUCCAGAGAAAGGGGAAGCGUGGAUAUCUUUAGCUGGAUUGUGUUUUGCUUUUUGGUUUAUGAAUUUACGGCAAACAAGGUCGUAUGUGACUUUCUUUUAUAAAAAGAUUGAGAAAAUAUAAUUUAACGUUAGAGAUGCUAUACUUGAAAGAAGCCACAGUUAUUAGUGGCUUUAGAAAGCAAAGAUAAAAACAGACAUGGAAAGUGUAAAAACAGGUUUGUGUUUGAAUAGCCCGCUGCUAAUUAUGUCCUCAUUAAAUGUGUGAAGUUUGAUAUUGUCACCUUACAAUUUGAAAAUCAUAUAUUGUGAGGUGUAAGAGCCAAUAGUGUCUACACUUCUUAAAGUUUUAUAUUAAGUAUGUAUUAUAAGAAAUGGCAGUAGUACCAUUUUUGAUUAAUCUGAUUUCGGGCCUUGAAAUAAACCUUAUCUAAGUGA